AUGUCUCUUGUUUUUGCAAGGGCCCUUGCCAGUGGCCCUUUUGCUCCCAAUGGCCUCGCCCGAGUGAGACCCAUCGCCCUGCUCUCGGCUGGCCUGCUGCUGUCCGCCGUCGGCCAUGCCGCCCCGCUGAGGAAGCAUGUCCCCGUCGCCGUCCUCGCCGACGAGGACCUGCCCAAGGACCCCGCCGACGCCAGCCUCUGGAUCUACCUGAGCGUUGCCGUCGCCCUGGUCCUGCUUGGAGGCGUCUUCGCCGGUCUGACCAUCGCCCUCAUGGGCCAGGACGAAAUCUACCUCCAAGUUCUCGCUGCCUCCGGCGACGGUGCCGAGCGCAAAAAUGCCGCACGUGUGCUCCGUCUGCUCAAGAAGGGCAAGCACUGGGUCCUGGUCACACUGCUGCUCAGCAACGUCAUCACGAACGAGACGCUGCCCAUUGUUCUCGACAGAUCGCUCGGUGGAGGUUGGCCUGCUGUCGUCAGCAGUACCGUCCUGAUUGUUAUUUUCGGCGAGGUCGUUCCCCAGAGUAUCUGCGUCCGCUAUGGCCUGCCAAUUGGAGCCUGGAUGUCACCCAUCGUGCUCGCCCUUAUGUGGAUCAUGUGUCCCGUCGCGUGGCCCACCGCGAAGUUGCUGGACUACCUCCUGGGAGAGGAUCACGGAACAACGUACAAGAAGGCUGGUCUCAAGACCUUGGUCACCCUGCACAAAACCCUUGGAGAGAGCCCCGAGGAACGCUUGAACCAGGAUGAGGUUACAAUCAUCAGCGCUGUGCUGGAUCUUAAGGAGAAGCCCGUCGGAAGCAUCAUGACCCCGAUGAACGACGUAUUCACCAUGUCGGCCGAUACCGUGCUUGAUGAGAAGAUGAUGGACAACAUUCUCUCAGCUGGCUACUCCAGAAUCCCCAUUUACCAGCCUGACAACCCGCGUAACUUCGUUGGCAUGCUCCUAGUCAAGCUGCUGAUCACUUACGAUCCCGAGGACUGCAAGCAAGUCCGCGACUUCUCCCUGGCCACUCUUCCUGAGACCCGUCCCGAGACUAGUUGCCUCGACAUUGUCAACUUCUUCCAGGAGGGCAAGUCCCACAUGGUUCUUGUUUCCGACUUCCCAGGCGAAUCGUAUGGUGCUCUUGGUGUCAUCACUCUGGAGGAUGUCAUCGAGGAGCUGAUUGGAGAGGAAAUCAUCGACGAGUCUGACGUCUUCAUUGAUGUUCACAAAGCUAUUCGCCGCAUUACCCCUUCUCCCCGCAACCGCGUCCCCAAGGGCGAAGUCGUUGCUGAGCGUCCCGAGGAGCUUGAUGCCGAUGAGACCACUGGUUUACUAUCAGAGUCUCGCCGGAAGAGCACCGACAGCAGCCGCGUGUUUGGGACCAGCCCUCAGGUCAAGUUCUUGAUGCGUCGCAGCAGCAGCGGUCACGUUUCGGCCGGAAAAGCAAAGCCACUUGGACUUCGGGAUGGUACUUCUUCUGAGUUGAGGGAGCACCUCAAGCACCUUGGACCGUCAAAUGCUGCUAGCAACCCCCGGUCUACCCGUAUCAGCACUGUGAAGAUCAAACCGAGUGUCGGCACGAUCCCCGAAGCCAACGUCGAGAAUGGAAUUGGAAAGAGCGCGACUGCUCCUGCGGAAACGGACGCCCACCUUAAGGUCGGACCGACCGCUCUCCAAGGCGGCAUUGGUGAAGGUGUUCUCGCCAACAGUGGCAGCAAUGCCAAGGAUGGUGCUCAUGCUGUCGCUACGACUUAUGGUGCUAUUGGAAACAAUGCGCCGCCUGCUGACUCCGAACGUCCUUCCGACCGCCCCUUGUCCAAGAAGUCCUCGAAAGACAACGCAAGCAACUCGUCCAAAAAGGCAAAGAUUGUUGUCGACAACCGUCCCUUUGGCGAGCAGAGAUCAAACAGUUCCAGCACCGUUGGUUCGAUACACAGCGGAUCCGCUCCCCGCUCCCCGCACGUCGGAAAGUCUGCUGUUAGGUCGGGUUCGAUAUCGGAAAACGUCAUCGAUGUGAACGGUGUCAAGAAGAUGGUUCUCGAUGUUUCGAGCAGCUCCGACGACGAAAACGAGCGCAAGGGUUCCAGCCACUCACACGGUUCGUCGCACAAAAACUGGGGAAGCAGCAGUGGCCACAGCGGCUUUGUCAAUGUCCCGUCUAGCUCAAGUAAAAAGCCCGAGCGUGAGGCCAAAUCCGCGGCCACGGACGGCCAAAACGAUCAGAACGACGCAGACCCUAAUAGCGGCACCGGCGACAGCCAAGUGAUCCCCGGCGAGUCCGGCACGCAAAAGAAGAAGAGGAAGAAGCGCGCCAACAAAAAGAAGAAGGGUACUUGGUAA